GGUGACAUUGUCGCUGUUAACCACGACCGCUAUGGUCGUCAAGAGGGCCUCGUCGUUGGCUCUCGUGUCGACUUCGCUGGCCGACAAAUCCUCGAAGUCCAACUCGAAGCCUCAAACGAAAUCUACCAAGCAUGGUACCCCACUGUCACCCGCGUCAGGCGAACAGUCUCCUACACCCGACCUGUCGUCGCAAAACAGCGCACCGUUGAGCGCCGAAUCUAUUGGUGA